AUCUACAAUUGUGGAGUACAGAGCCAAAUCAAGAAAAACUAUGUCUUUGUCCCAAAUAUUAUGCCACUGUAUAUAUACUGAACAAAAAUAUAACGCAACACUUCUAUUUUUGCAUCCAUUUUUAAUGCAUUUAAAUAAUACCUCAAAGAUUUGUUCUAUGUGCACAAAGAUCUUAUUUCUCUCAAAUGUUGCCCACACAUUUGUUUAUAUCACUGUUAGCUAGAAUUUCUCCUUUGUCAAGAUAAUCCAUCUCCUGCACAGGUGUGGCAUAUCAAGAUGCUGAUUAAAAGCCAUGAUCACACACAGGUGUUCCAUAUGAUAGGGUCAAUAAAAGGCCACCCUAAAAUGUUGAGCUUUUUGUUGUUCAACACCAUGUCACAGAUGCCUCAACAGUUAAGAGAUCAUGCAUUUGACAUGCUGACUGCAGGAAUGUCCUGUAGAGAGUAAUGGGUGUUUAUUUCUCCACCAUAAGCCGCCUCCAGUGUCGUUUCAGAGAUUUUGGAAGUUUGUCCAACAGGCCUCACAACCGCAGACCAUGUGUAACCACGCCAGCCCAGGACCGCCACUUCUUCACCUGCGGGAUUGUCUGAGGCUAGACACACGGACAGCUGAUGAAAGAGUUUCUUUACACAACCGUAGAAUUUCUGCACAAACUGUCAGAAAUCGCCUCAGGGAAGCUCAUCUGCCUGCUCGACGUCCUCACCGAGGUCUUGAUUUGUCUGCAGUUCAGCGUCACAAUUCGACGUGAGUGGGCAAGAGCUCACCUUCGAUGGCCACUGGCACGCUAGAGAACGGUCCUCUUCACUGAUGAAUCAUGGUUUCAUCAGUAGCUUAUAAAAUCUUAUAAAUCUUAUAAAAUUUCACAAAGUACCAAUACAAAGGAUUAAUUUUAAACUAUUCACAAGAUUAACUUUAAAAAAAUGUUAUAUCCAUCCAUUAUCUAUACCCGCUUAUCCUGAGCAGGGUCGCAGGGGGUGCUGGAGCCUAUCCCAGCGUGCAUUGGGUGAGAAGCAGGAAUACACCCUGGACAGGCCGCCAAUCUAUCACAGGGCACACACACCAUUCACUCACAGACUUAUACCUAUGGGCAAUUUAGAGUCUCCAAUUAGCCUACCUGCAUGUCUUUGGACUGUGGGAGGAAAUCAGAGUACCCAGAGAAAACCCACGCGGACAUGGGGAGAACAUGCAAACUCCACACUGAAAGGCCCCAAGCCGAGAUUCGAACCCACAACCUUCUUGCUGUGAGUCGACAGUGCUACCCACUGCACCACCGGUGCCGCCUAAUUGGUUUUAUAAUUCAGAAAUUAAUUGCAACUAAACCUCAAAAGUGUAACAGCAAGGAAAAUGAGGAUAAAGGAAGCAUGAGAAAUCACACACAAAUGGUAGCAUGAAAAUGUGAAAUAUUAUAAUCAAGACAAUUCAAAACAAGGUUAUCAGAAAAACCCAGAAAAUGAAACUAAACUGAAAAUGCCAUUAAUUUAAAAGCAUUCAAGUUCUCUAGGGUGGAAUGCUUGUGCUCUUUUUGGGGUGUUGUUGAGUUCUUGAAAACAUAAUUUUCAUGAACCAUGUAGUAGUUUCUCCACUAUUAUGUCUGAUGUAUGUGUGAUUGUAUCACAUUCCUUAACAGAGUACACUGGAUAAUGUAUAAAUGAAAGCCUUCCAAACUAUGUGAGAUGUUCAAAUUAAUCUGCAUAAACAUUUUAUUUGAAAAAAUUGAUUGUUUGGAAUAAUACCGCUUUGUUUUGCCUUGGAAAAGAUAAACCUCAUUCAGUUGAUAUUCUACAUCAAAUUGGUAUUAGUCAUUCUAUUUUCAUCUUAAUUAUUUAUUAAGAAAACAGCUGAACUCAAACCAGGAAGGUUCUGUCAGUGUGUAAUAUCAUUCUCUAAUGCUCCACAGGAUGGGCUGCCCUGUUCUGUGAGACUGCUGGGCAGCCUUCUUAUUUCAGACAGCAUUCACCAGGGCGGUGGGAGUACCAGCACUCCCAAUACCAAAUACAACACGGAAACUGGCACUGAUAUUAUCAAGCCCACAUCUGGGGGGAAAGUGGGCAUGAAGGAGUCUGUACCAAAGUUUUACUAUGAACUGUGGUUCAUCAUCCUGAUGGCUGGCCUGGGCCUGAUCCUGUUAGCCAUCUUCCUGGGCCUACUACUACAUAAGGCUUUGAAAAAGCCCCCCUUCACCAGAGAGCGUCCCCCACUGGUGCCUCUGCCCCUGCAAAAGAGAAGCCCAAUAGGGGUCUACCCCCCCAGUGACUCGUACUUGGCGCUGAUUUCCCAGCAUUCAGGAGGAUCUAGAGAGCCAAUUUAUCUGCUGAGGAUGAUACACACCAUCCGAAUAAGAGAAGAUUUGGAUAGCAGGGAGACGGCUCCAUCUGGUCUGGGGAGGAGAGAGCACAGAAGACCAUGGGGACCAGCCUAGGUCUAGACACCAAUGUCCAUUGGUUUGGCUGGGGAUGCCUGAGGUAGGAAAGCCUUAUCCUCUUCAUUCACCAGUCCCUGAGAGGAACAGCAGCCCUGGAUGUCCUGCUCAUUCAUUGUGGCAGGAACAACUUCAGCAAGAUCAAGAGCCUGGAUCUCAUCACAGGAAUGAAGUGGGAACUGCAAAUCCUCCAUCAUCUAUUACCAGGGACCAAGAUCUUCCGGUCUGGGAUCACCCAGCGACGUUGGUGGGGGACUGCUAAUCCGGGGAAUUUGCAAAAAAAAAAGUGAGGAUGUGGGUGAACAAUGUCAUGGCUACAUUUAUUCAUAAUUUAGGUGCCAUUUUUUGUCCCACAUCCUCAGAUAAAAUUAGAAAAUGAUGAUGCUUAUUUAUUAAGGAUUUCCCAUUUCCCAUGGGAAAAGUAUAUCGUUUUCAAGAAAAGUAUACAUUCCCUUAAAGACUGAAUCCGGGGGAGUAGAAGGUGCUUUUCCCUGCUCAAUUUUAGCAGUUUCUCCAAUCCUGGAUUUAGCUUUUAAUGGAGCAGGGUCUUUUUAUGAAAUAGGUCAUUUCAAGAUUUUCAAGCUUUAUGUGAUGAUUUUUAUCAUUUUUUAAUUUCUGCCUUUUAUUAGUAAUCUUUAGACUUUAUUCAGCAAACUCGCCCUGCUCUUCCUCAUCCCUGACCCUCAUCUUCCCUUUCCUUCAUCUCCCCUUUUUUCCCCACAACUUGUCCUCUCUAGCCAUGCCAACCCAUGGCCUUCCUUAUCUCCUUCUCCCUAAGAUGGAUGUAGCUGUCUGAUCUGCAAAUAGUUUUUCAUUUUCCAUUUUCAAGUUUUGCGUUUCCUCUACAUUGACUUACAAUUAGGUGUUCAAAAACCUAAUUGGGAACCUAUUGAUUAACCUCAGUCUUUUGAUUAAAAAAAGUUAAAUCUGUAAAGACUUGCACACUCACUUGAUGCUCCAAAAAUAUAAUAGUAGCCUAGUUAUUUAGCAGGUAUUAUUAGCUGGGUAAUGUUAGCUAGAUAGAUAGCCAAAUGGCUUGGAAGCUGAAGUUGCUAACUCUUUUAGAAUACUGGACUACCCAAUAUAGCAAAUAAGAAUUAGUUGGUGACAGUAGGUUAUGGUACGUACGCUAUACGCUAUGUUAUAGGCUACGCUAUACACUAUGUUAACUAAUUUGGCGAAGUGAAAGAGUACACAUGACUUAGCUACCGAAAAUAAAACUGCAGAGAAGGAUUAUUCGAUUGUUGAUUAGUGCGGAUGUAAGCAGCACACACCAUAAUGAAUUCAGCAUGAUAUAAAACAGGAUGUUUGCAUUAGCCAUAGACAUUAGUUGACUUCACACAGGUAACAGGAAGACAACGGGUCACAGUUGCAAUGUCAAAGUCAUCUCACUCCCAGUGACCAUAGAUUGUAGCCAGGGACUAACAGUGUCUCAUUAGUCCACAAAAAUGUAAUAAGAGUGCCCAAAUGACACAAUAAAUUAAUAAAUCAGCUCAUGGAGAGACAUAAGACGACAAAAUACACUGAUUGUGACUACAUGUUCUUGUGGGAAAGAAUUAUUGACUUUGUAUUUUGACCGCAUUUGUACCAUUGACUUACUUUGAAAACGGGGUCUGAAAUACCUAUACUGGACCCAGCUGCAGUGGCGCUAGUGAGCAAAGUCCCUCAACAAGACCAGGAAGUUAGCUUCAAAAAUGGAGUGACAAGCCUAUUUUCUGUUAUUUUGGGAAGAUGUUUUAUAUUCCUCUUUCAGCUAAUCAUUUACAUUUGUUGGUUUGUUCCUCCUCUGAAUAUUCCUCAGUUGGUAUUCUACCUGAAGCCAGUCAAUUGACUUUUAGUAAAUGAAUGAUUAACACUGCCAUCCACCAAUACCUUCUUAGAAAUGGUUGCUUCCUCCGACAUCUAUCUCUGACACUGUCUGCAAUAGUAUAGUCUAGCUGGUAGUGAAAAAAAACUAGCUAGCUACGAAUUACAAAGCUUCUGUAGGUGCUUAAAUGCUGCUGCUGGGGAACUUGAAUCACUGUGUGAUUCAAGUCACCUUUGAUCUUAGAACGCAUGCCAGCAUGGAAGAUAUGGAAAAUCCUAGCCGUCUUUGGUUUAGGCUACAAAGUUUGAUUACUUUGUAAUUGGCAAGAAACGAGUAGCUUAUGUUUCUAUUUGUGUGCGCUCUGUGAAUUGUUUGUGUGCAUAUGCGAGCUUGUCAGUGUUUGCUGUCCCCGAUCUUUCAUAAUAUCAUGAGCACAUUCACAUUCAUCAGGAGAAAAAAAAGUAUAAUGUACAGUAUAUGCAAUUUUUUUUCUGGAUUGGGUGUGUUUGAGGCCCUGUUUGGAAGAGGCCCUGUGUGUUUCAAACUCACUGUUUCCUGGGUGUGUUUCAAACCUGGCAACACUGCUGUAAACAGUACGGACAAGUGUGGCUAAGUUGCACAAACAGUACUAGGGAUACAGAAAAAUGUGAUUACUGCACAAAAAUAAUUUAAUGCAAGGGACUAAAUAUGUGGAACACAGCAAAGCAUGGC